ACGAAUGUACGUCAGAGACUGGGUUGUGUCAUUCUCAAGCCACGUGCAACAAUACUAUUGCAUCAUACACCUGUUCUUGUAAUAAAGGAUUUACAGGAAAUGGGACAUUUUGCAAAGACAAAGAUGAAUGUACGUCAGAGAGUCCAUUGUGUCAUUCUCAAGCCACGUGCAACAAUACCAUUGGAUCAUACACCUGUUCUUGUAAUAAUGGAUUUACAGGAAAUGGGACCUUUUGCAAAGACAAAGAUGAAUGUACGUCAGAGACUGGGUUGUGUCAUUCUCAAGCUACGUGCAACAAUACCAUUGGAUCAUACACCUGUUCUUGUAAUAAAGGAUUUAUAGGAAAUGGGACGAUUUGCAAAGACGAGGAUGAAUGUACGUCAAAAACUAGGAUGUGUCACUUUCAAGCUACGUGCAACAAUACUAUUGGAUCAUACAUCUGUUCUUGUAAUAAAGGAUUUACAGGAAAUGGGACAUUUUGCAAAGACAAAGAUGAAUGUACGUCAGAGACUCGGUUGUGUCAUUCUCAAGCCACGUGCAACAAUACCAUUGGAUCAUACACCUGUUCCUGUAAUAAAGGAUUUAUAGGAGAUGGCACGAUUUGCAAAGACGGUGACGAAUGCAGGCAGGGAACUCACAGAUGUCAUUCUGAAGCCACGUGCAACAAUACCAUUGGAUCAUACACCUGUACCUGUAAUGAGGGAUUUACUGGAAAUGGAACUGUUUGCGACGACAGCGACGAAUGCGUGUUGGGAACUCACAGUUGUCAUUCUCAAGCCACGUGCAACAAUACCAUUGGAUCAUACACAUGUACUUGUAAUAAAGGAUUUACCGAAAAUGCAACUUUAUGCGAUGACAAGGAUGAAUGUACCUCAGAAACUCGGAUGUGUCACUCUCAAGCCACGUGCAACAAUACUAUCGGAUCCUACACCUGUUCUUGUAAUAUAGGAUUUACAGGAAAUGGGACAUUUUGCAAAGACAAUGAUGAAUGUGCCUCAGAGACUCGGAUGUGUCAUUCUCAAGCCACGUGCAACAAUACCAUUGGAUCAUACACCUGUUCUUGUAAUAAAGGAUUUAUAGGAAAUGGGACGAUUUGCAAAGACGGUGACGAAUGCAGGCUGGGAACUCACAGAUGUCAUUCUGAAGCCACGUGCAACAAUACCAUUGGAUCAUACACCUGUACCUGUAAUGAGGGAUUUACUGGAAAUGGAACUGUUUGCGACGACAGCGACGAAUGCGUGUUGGGAACUCACAGUUGUCAUUCUCAAGCCACGUGCAACAAUACCAUUGGAUCAUACACAUGUACUUGUAAUAAAGGAUUUACCGAAAAUGCAACUUUAUGCGAUGACAAGGAUGAAUGUACCUCAGAAACUCGGAUGUGUCACUCUCAAGCCACGUGCAACAAUACUAUCGGAUCCUACACCUGUUCUUGUAAUAUAGGAUUUACAGGAAAUGGGACAUUUUGCAAAGACAAGGAUGAAUGUGCGUCAGAGACUCGGAUGUGUCAUUCUCAAGCUACGUGCAACAAUACCAUUGGAUCAUACACCUGUUCUUGUAAUGAAGGAUUUAUAGGAAAUGGGACGAUUUGCAAAGAUGGUGACGAAUGCAAGCUGGGAACUCACAGAUGUCAUUCUCAAGCCACAUGCAACAAUACCAUUGGAUCAUACAUCUGUACUUGUAAUGAGGGAUUUACCCGAAAUGGAACUGUUUGCGACGACAGCAACGAAUGCAUGUUGGGAACUCACAGUUGUCACACUCAAGCCACGUGCAAAAAUACCAUUGGAUCAUACACAUGUACUUGUAAUAAUGGAUUUACCAAAAAUGGAACCGUAUGCGAUGACAAAGAUGAAUGUACGUCAGAGACUCGGUUGUGUCAUUCUCACGCCACGUGCAACAAUACCAUUGGAUCGUACACAUGUACUUGCAAAGAAGGAUUUGUAGGAAAUGGGAGCCAGUGUGAAGACGUCACAAGUAAUAAGAAUAUAGACUUGGAUGAAUGUGCCUUGAAAAUUCACAGAUGCCAUCCUCAGGCCACGUGCAACAAUACUAUUGGAUCGUACACAUGUACUUGUCACGAAGGAUUUACUGGAAAUGGAACCGUUUGCGACGACAUCGACGAAUGCAUGCUGGUAACUCACAGAUGUCAUUCUCAUGCCUCGUGCAACAAUACUAUUGGAUCAUUCACAUGCACUUGUAAAGAAGGAUUUGCAGGAAAUGGAAGCCAGUGUGAAGACGUCACAAGUAAUAAGAAUAUAGACGAGGAUGAAUGUGCCUUGAAAACUCACGGAUGCCAUUCGCAAGCCACAUGCAACAAUACUAUUGGAUCGUACACAUGUAUUUGCCACGAAGGAUUUACUGGAAAUGGAACCAUUUGCGACGACAGCGACGAAUGCACACUGGGAACUUACAGUUGUCACCCUAAAGCCUCAUGCAACAAUACAAUUGGAUCAUACACAUGUACUUGUCUUGAAGGAUUUACAGGGAAUGGAACCCAAUGCGAAGACGUCACAAGCGAUAAGAAUAUGUACGAGGAUGAAUGUGCGUUGAAAACUCACAGAUGCCACCCUCAAGCCACGUGCAACAAUACUAUUGGAUCAUACACCUGCACUUGUAACGAAGGAUUUACAGGAAAUGGAACAGUUUGCGACGAAUCUCAUCCGAUCUGUCUCUCGACAAAAAGAAAGUCAGAUAACAAUAUGAGCUUUGGUAUUCUUGGUAAAAAAGUUGAAGAGGCAUAUGGACUGAAUGGUGAAGAACAUAAAAAACUUGCACGACAGAUUACUACCGAACUGUCGUGCUUAACAGAUCUUGACACUAUUGAAAAUGGGUCAAACGGAAUGAACCAACUAAAUCUAGCAGAGGCAGUAAGAAUACUUCAAAGAAUAGUUAAUCUAAAUAUUGCGGAUAGAAAUCUCGACAUUCUGACCCCUGCAAACAACAUACUGGAUCAUAGAAAUGCAUUCGCUUGGAGAACCAUGAAGGACGGUAAAUUAAUCCGUGAUCUGGUUGUAACUUUGCAAAAUUAUGGGAUCCAGCAAGGGAAAAUAGCAGGGAACAAUGCAUCUGCUUCAACUAUAUUCCAUAACCGUUCAAACGUACAGCUUCGGAUUAAAUACAUAAACCAAGAUUCCCUAACACAAGAAAGAGGACUUUUUCAAUUUCCGAAUGCAUCAUUCAACCUUUCACCUGAUGCACUUCCGAAAGAUUCUGGUGCUGUGGUCGCCGUCUUUUGGUACAAAACAUUGAACGGCUUUUUAAUGGAGAGCUUAGAUGAAGGUGACAUUAAUGGCGACAUAAACAGCGCAAUUAUUAUUACAAGCGUUAAACCACAACCAAAGGCGCUUUUUAAAAAACCUGUUCGAAUCAGCUGGAACAUAAUUGAAACGGACGAAUUUCAAGCGUGUGCGUAUUGGAAACCGGAAUUGAGUGGAAGUGUGUGGAAAACAGAUGGAUGUGAAAAAAUAAAAGGCGAGUCAAACAGUCGACGGUUUACAUGUGAAUGUCAUCAUCUGACAGCAUUCGCUUUCCGCGAUAUUUCAAUAGACACGACGAGCGAGGGGGGACGAUUGAGUGUUGAUACGAUAUCUAUAAUUUGUUGUUCUGUAUCACUGGUUUGCGUAUUGUCCACAAUAAUCACACAUGCUUUCUGGUGGAAAAGACUCCAUAAGACGGGCACAAUUCCAUCAAAUGUUCUUAUGAAUCUCUGCAUCACUAUUGCUAUGGCAAAUUUGUUUUCUAUCAUCGCGGAGUCUGCGCAGAAUCAUGAGACACUCUGUAUUGCUGCAUCAAUAUUAUUGUAUUGGUGUCUACUCGCUCUAUUUGGAUGGAUGUUAUGUAACGGAAUCAUAAUUUACCUUCAACUUGCGUAUGCCUACUUGGAUCUAGGUUUGGGAAGAAAAUUUCUCCAGGCAUUCUACGUUAUUUCUUGGGGCAUACCGAUAACUGUUGUACUUGUGUUAGCUGCAACUGUCGAAGUAGGUAGUUUUAUAACCCAGAAUUCAAUCAAUGCAUGUUGGUGCCCUAGUGGAGGUGUGCCGUUCUGGAUUUUCAUUGCUACUCUUUUUGCAAUUUUACUGAGCAACUUUGUGAUCUUUAUUCUGCUUUUGCGCCGUGCUUCAUCGUCUGAAUCCAGAGUUACACAUACAAAAGAUGGCACCACAAAUGAAAGAGGCACACUUGGUCUGAAAGGUGCCGCAGUGCAACUUCUGCUUCUCGGAUUUGCAUGGUUAUUUCAUUUACUUGCAUUUCAUCAAGAUAAAAACGUGUUUAAGUAUAUUUUCGCCGUAUUCAACAUCCUCCAAGCAAUAAUGUUGCUUGUUUGUCACGUGAUUUUGAACAGAACGCUUCACGGAGCAAUGGACAGGGAAAAGCAAGAUAAACAUUACGAACUGUCUAAAGGCACUACUUCCCUGAAAAGCGAAGGUGAACCAGAAAAAAUCUCGAUGAAAGCAAUAUCAGUGUAAAGGAUGUGAACUCAUCCUUUAAACGAGCUGCUCUAAACGGAUUUUGUGAAACAGUCUACACUGAAAAGA